CUUAUAUUGUGUGACAAUAUAACAAUAAAUCUUAUAAACAAGCAUGAAUCUUAAUCACAUUCUCUUACAACUGAUAAGAUAACAAAACAUUGAAAAUCGUAAUUUAAUAGAGUGAGUGAUAGUGAAUGCAACCAUGGAGUAUGGUUUUAAACCUAUAUUUGCGCCAAGUGCUCCGUCUCAUUCAGAAUACAAUCCACAAGAAUUAAGUUAUCCUCCGAAUGAGCAAUGCUGCCCAUAUCCACCGACGUCCUCUACUAACUUCCCCAAGCCCGUUUAUCCUUUGCUGCCUCCAGAAAGUUCUCCGUGUAGCACGUUAACAAAUUUCAGACCUAUUCAUCCAUUAAAUGAGCAUAAAAAAGCUUAUUAUUGGGUAGAUACCCAUGCCAAUGGUACAGUUCCAUCAACUGCAAUACAAGGUGGAGUUGACAUUGAUGGUGAACCAAUUUACGUAGGAAGAGCUUACCAUGAAGGCGAUUGGAUACCUGCAAAAGUCAUUCCUGGAAGAAAUGUAGCUUAUAUUUCGUAUGAUGGUCAUGAAUACGCAAAAGAAACGUUUCAGGUUUUAUGUGAACAACGAUUCAAAUGGGUGCCGACAUCUGGAGCAAACAUACCCCCAGGAGCAGUAGAAGGAGGCAGAACAUGUGAUGGAGAAAUCCUUUAUAUUGGACGUGUUAUUCAUAAUGAAUCUCAAACUGUAGGCAAGGUUCAUCCAAGCCAUGGAUGCUGUUACAUUCCCUUUAACAUGGAAGAAAAAUCUUUUCCGGAGUAUGAAAUUCUAGUUUUAGAGUCUUAAUUUACACCAUGUUUCAUCAUAUUAACGUUUACAAAUUUAUUAUUAUAUAUUAAAUAAAAUAAUAACUCAACUGUUUAUAAAUUUGUAAUGUAAAUUAAACUAUGCAAACAUU